CAUUUCCUCUCUUCCUCAUUCAAUCAUGUCUGCCAAGACUGCACCGUCAUUCAACCCUGAACAAAUUGCCAGUGCUGCAUCCACCGCUGCCAGUGCUGUUGCUUCCGAUCCUCGUUUCGGUUUCCUCCACCGUCUCAGAAAUGAACGUUUUGGUCAACUUCGACCCCUGAGUGAAUUCUUUGACAGACACAGAUUCAGUCUAACUACUUCAUUCCAGACCAUCUCGCAAAGAUGGAGCUACAACUUGCAAUACUUCCAGAGCAACUACGCUAUCAUUGUUUUGGCCCUUUCCAUCUAUGCUGUUAUCACUAGCCCUCUCCUCUUGUUCACCAUUGCAUUUAUCUUUGGUGGCUUCUACUUGAUCUCCCGCCAAGGUGGCCAGCCCCUCACUAUCGGCGGCUCCGUUAUUAGCCCCUCUACCAUGUACGCUUUCUACGGUGGUGCUUCUUUGAUCCUCCUCCUCUUCUCUGGCGCAACUGGCGCUAUCUUCUGGAUCAUUGGUGCUGCUGCUGUGAUUGUCCUUGGUCACGCCGCUAUGUUGGAGCCUGGUCUUGAAGGAGACUUUGCUAGCGGUCCCGUUCAAGUUUAAGUCAUCAUCAAUACCAAAAACAAUUUUUAAUAAUAUAAUGGGUGUAGAAUACAUUACUGUGCGUG